CGAAAGACAUCGUCUUUCCCACCCGCCGCACCUGAUACAUACAGGUGUACAGGUAAUAGAAGACCCUUACGAGUAAAACCUGAGAAUAACGCCAAGCUCUGUAGCAGCGCUUGGAUAGACCAUUUUCCUUUCCUGACUUCUGUUGUGUACAUCCUGUCCCUGCGCUGAUCUAGGAAGCCUGCCCCCAAAGCAGACCGCCGGCAUCCGCCUACGAAGCGAUAUAAUCGAAAAGACGAUAUGGACAAAUACAUUCGAGGCGCGGCUUCCUUAGCCUCCGAGGCGGGAAAGUUCUCAAUGCGUCUCACGCAGGAAAUUGUCGAACGCUCUAGGGAGGUCGGCGUGCAUUUGCCCGGUGGCAGUUUAUAUGACACAUCUUCGGAAGGGAAGACUAGGGAGAUUCGCACGCUUCUGGACUCCAAAUUCGACAAGGAGAAGAUCGAUGGUUUGAAGCGGCUCAUUGCGAUGAUGUCAAAAGGGCGUAACGUGAAGGAGUUCUUCCCAGACGUCGUCAAGCUCGUGGCGUCCCAGUCCUUUGAAGUCCGCAAGCUGGUGUACAUCUACCUGUUACGAUACGCCGAAGCCGAACCAGACUUGGCCCUCUUGUCGAUCAACACUUUUCAAAAAGACUUGGCGGAUCGGAAUCCGCUCAUCAGAGCUAUGGCGCUGCGCGUUAUGUCGAGUAUUCGUGUGCAGGUCAUCGUUCCCAUCAUCAUGCUUGCUCUACGAAAGGCGACGACAGAUCUGUCGCCGUAUGUUCGGAAAGCAGCAGCGAACGCUAUACCGAAAUGCUACAGUUUAGAUACGACGCAGAAGGAGUAUCUGGUAGAACUCAUCGAAACAAUGUUGAAAGACAACUCAACGUUGGUGCUUGGAAGUGUCCUCCACAGCAUGAAGCAAGUGUGCCCCGAGCGCUUGGAUCUUAUACAUCCACACUAUCGAAAGCUUUGUCGCAUGCUAGUGGAUGCCGACGAGUGGGGACAGAUCACGAUCAUGGACGUGUUGAUUCAAUAUGCCAGGGUUUACUUUGUGGAUCCCAACCCGGCGGAAGAGAACACGGCAUUACAGGCAGGGCAACCUGUUACAACAGAGAAAAAGUCGGAAGACUUUUAUGCAGAAGUCGACGAAGCACCUACCAAAUCGCGGGGAACGGGUCCAACUAUACCCAAGAGCAUCGGUCCGCCACUAGAUCCAGAUCACGAAUUGCUUGUUAGGUGGUGCACUCCGUUGCUGAACAGCAGGAACUGCUCGGUCGUGUUGACGGUCGCCAAGUUAUUCUUCCAUGUCGGAACUCCCCAAACGUGCGCUGAAUCCGCACAAGCUUUGAUCCGACUGUUGAGGACAUCACGCGAGGAACGCUACAUCAUCCUGCUGAACAUCGCAACCAUGGCGCAAACGCAACCUAGUUUGUUCAAGCCCUAUGUGCGCCAUUUUUUCCUCUUUGGAGGCGAGCCGAGUUUCAUUCGAGAUGCAAAGCUCGAAAUUAUUGGGGUGAUUGCGGGCGAGGAGAAUGCGACCAUGGUUAUGUCUGAGCUCAAGGAGUACGUCCGAAGCCCGGAUUCGCAAUUGGUCAUCCAAACGAUUCAGGUGCUGGGGCGACUCGCUUGCCGGCUGCCAUCAGUUACUGAUGACACCCUCUCGUGCUUGAUGAAACUUGUCUCGAAGAAAGAUGAGGGUAUUGUCUCCGCAGCCGUCGUCGUUAUCCGACGCCUCCUCCAAUCGACAUCCACGCAUCAAAACACUCGCAUCAUAUCCCAACUCGCAAAGAAUCUCGACACCAUCACGUCCCCCCAAGCACGCGCGUCCGUACUCUGGCUGAUUGGACAAUAUUGUGCGAGUGUCCCAAAACUAGCCCCGGACGCUUUGCGGAUUUCUGCAAAACGUUUUGCAGACGACACGGAUAUCGUCAAAUUGCAAGUGCUCACGCUCGCUGCGAAGCUAGUGGCCAGCACACAUAACGACGAGUUGAACUCGGCGCAAGAGGUUUGCACAAAGCUAUUAAGAUAUGUGCUGGAUCUGGCACGAUUUGACCAGAGUUGGGAUGUGCGGGAUCGGGCGAGGAUGAUCAAGGCUUUGGUUGCGGGACUGGCGGAUGUCAAGAAUGCUGACGCUGGGAAAGCAACGGGUGUCAAUGGCGACGAUGUACCAGCAAAGGCAACAGGGAUACUGCAGUCGCAUUUGCAAGAGAUUCUACUAGGAUUGAAAGCGACACCAGUGCCCGAGAGUCCCUUCGCAGCGCGAAACCGCUUCGAUCUCGGCACCCUCUCCCACACCCUAAACCGCGCCGUGCCCAACUACAAAUCCCUUCCCGCCUGGCCACCAUCCAUCGACCAAACAGCAGCAGCGCAGCGCAACGUGGAGGAGCCCGAACAAAGAUAUUCGGGCCGCGAGCACUCGAAUGCGGUCGUCUCGAGCCCUGUCACUGUCCUCAAAGCCGCGAAACCAGCGAAGCGGAGGGUCGUGACGCUGGAGAAGUUUUAUGAUAGUGAUAGCGAGAGUGAGGAGGAGGAGGAAGUUCAGGAGGAGGAGGAGAGCGAGGAGGAGGAGAGUGAGGAGGAAAGCAGUGAGGAGGAAGAGACUGAGGGUGGGGAGGAGGAGGAGGAGGAAGAUUCCGAGGAGGAAUUAGAUAGCGGUGCUGCAUCAGGAGUACAGGAAAAGCAGCAGUUCAUAGAGUAUCGGUCACGCCCAUCUUGAUGCGUCCGGUACAAUAGACAACCGUUCAAGGUGUAACGAAAACUUCGGGUUCUUUGCCAUACUCCGACAUUGGCUUCAUAAUAGAUCUCACUUUGCGGGUCUGCAAAGGAUUUCGGGUGUGCAAACGUGA